ACGACGAUAAAACGGGGUAACUGUCAAAUUGUGUCUUCCAGCGGAGCUGCGUAGUGCGCUAGAAGUUAACUCAGGCCCUACAAACCCCCUACCUUCGCAAUCUUCUUUUUUCCCCAUCCGACCUCCCGUAAUUUCCGUCGUGCCCCAAGCCACAACACUCUGUUUCCGAUCAAAUCACACCGUUCGGUCACCGGAAAAGCCUUAGCCGCCGUCGUCCUUCCCCUCCCCGCCAGUCAAGCUAUUUCUAACACAAAUAAGAUCAAUGGUCACUGCUUCUUCCAUUUUCAGGUAUAUGGUUAUAUGCCCUUUAAUCUUAAUUGAAGGUAUUAAAAUUUUUAAAUAUUUUGGAAUCGGAGGUAUUAUUCAUUUCAAUUUUUUUGGUAGUGUAAUUUUCAUUCAUUCUAUUUUCCCAUCAUCUUAAACUCUCAUAUAUAUAUAUAUAUAUAUAUAUAUCACUAAACUAAUUUAAUUUUU